AUGACCGCGCACGAGAAGAAACGCAAGCACCGAGCGACGUCGAAUAAUCUCCUGGAUUGCUUCGUGAGAUUGCAGCUAGUCUCCAUUGGCGUGCGUGAGCGCAAACGCACGAUCUCUAGUGCGAGUUACACGUCGCUCGAGCGCUUCAAGCGACUCGAGGCUUCGGCAACUCUCGACAAGUCCUGGCUAUCACCUGCCGUCGACGAGCCUUUCUCCACUUUGUGCUGA